CAUCAUCAUCAAGUCAGCCCUCAGCUACUUCACCACACAGCUAACUACCUAGCACCACACCAACCAACCAGUAGUCAAUUAAGCAGCACUUGACCAUGGCGCCCAAGCAGCUCCCCGCCGUCCUCCUCGCCGCCUGGGCAACUCUCCUGGCCCUCGCCGCGCCCACGCUCGCCGGCGACCCCGACAUGCUCCAGGACUUCUGCGUCGCCGACUACAAAUCCCUCGACGGCCCACUGCGUCUGAAUGGGUUCCCGUGCAAGAGGCCGGAGAACGUUACGGCGGACGACUUCUUUUCCGCCGCACUGGCAUUCCCGGGAAACACCGGCAACCCGGUCGGCUCGGCGGUGACGGCAGCGAACGUGGAGAAACUCCCGGGGCUCAACACUCUGGGCGUCUCCAUGUCCCGCGUGGACUAUGCGCCGUGGGGAGUGAACCCUCCGCACACCCACCCUCGCGCCACCGAGAUCAUCUACGUGCUCGAGGGCUCCCUCGACGUCGGCUUCGUCACCACCGCCGGAAAGCUCUUCACCCGCACCGUCUGCAAGGGUGAGGUUUUCGUCUUCCCUCGCGGACUCGUCCACUACCAGAAGAACAACGGCGGCGCGCCGGCCGCCGCCAUCUCGGCCUUCAACAGCCAGCUUCCGGGCACGCAGUCCCUCGCCCUGGCGUUGUUCGCAGCCUCACCACCGGUGCCCACCGACGUGCUGGCCAGGGCGCUCCAGACCGACGGCGGCAUGGUGGAGGCCGUCAAGUCCAAGUUCCCGCAAAAGUAACUACUCCUAGCAUGCAUGCAUGUUGGUUGGGUCGGCUCGACGUGCGUACGUGCUGCUAAUAAUGACGAAGGACCACGUAAAAGUGCAGUUUCAAUUCAGCUGCUUCACAAUAUCUUCUGUAUAUUCUGAUUAUUUUGUGUCGGUGCAUGUUUGGUGAUGGCCCUCGUCGGUUUUACUGUUAAUUGUUGCUUUUUCUUCAUGAACCUACUGGUGAUUUAAUUUGUAUGUGUGUCCAUUAUUGGUGAAUGAAUGUGCCUCAUUGCUUGAA